UAAUUGACAAUGUAAAGGGGCUUGCAACAUUCGAUCAUCAGAAAUUCAUAAUUCAGAAGAAUCGGUCAGAGAUAAUGAAAUAUUUAGAUGGUUAAAGCCCAUGCUUCCUGGGCCAAGGUUAGUGCCGACCAAGAAUGAAAUCUAAUUAGGUCGAACUUUAAGAGAUUUCACAUUUGUAUUCUUAUCUCUCUCUCUCUUUCUCUGUCCGAUAAUAAGCAACUACAACGACGAUCAUGAAUAGAGAAGCAAACUCAGAUUCCAUCCCUAAUGAUCUCAUUCCUGACAUACUCUCGAGAUUGCCUGCAAAGUCAAUCGUUAGGUUUCGUUGCCUGUCGAAGUUAUGGGAGUCCAUUAUUUGCCGUCAAGAUUUCAUCGAGUUGUUCCACACAAGGUCCUCAUCUAAUCCACGUCUCUUAAUUGGGGUCGAAAAAGGUGGUGAGUGGAGCUUCUUCUCCUCUCCUCAGCCUCAGAGUCAUUAUGAGAAGUCGUCUCUUGUAGUAGCCGCCGAUUUUCAUAUGAAGUUUUCUCAAGUAAGAAUGACUUACUAUUGUAGCUAUGCUUCUGGUUUGAUCUAUUUCCCUGAUUUUCGGAUCUCAAAAGAUGGGUUUGAUAAAGUGAUAUGUAACCCUAGCACGGGGCAAUCUGCGAUCUUACCUCCUGACCUGACAAGAACGUUCAGAAACUUCAGUGGCCUUUUAGGGUUUGAUCCGAUUGGCAAGCAAUUCAAAGUUUUGGUCUUUAACGAUAGAACCGAUGAUGAAUUCAUUUAUCAUAUUCUGACAUUAGGAACUGAAAAUGUGAGCUGGAGGGAGAUCAUAUGUCCCUUAACUUAUGGUUUUCGUUGGGAAAAGAUAUGCAUCAAUGGGGUUUUGUAUUACAUAGCUUCUGACCCUGAUGAAGAGGAUGAAAAGAUAGGUUGCUUUGAUGUUAGGUUGGAGAAAUUCAAGUUUUUAUAUGUAUCUCCCAAUCUGAUAAACUAUAAACUGAUAAACUAUAAGGGUAAAUUAGGUUUGAUUAAUUUAGACUAUGCUUACGAUGGUGGAUUUCCCCUUGAGUUACGUAUGCGGGUUCUAGAGGAUGUCGAGAAACAGGAAUGGACUACAUAUGUCUACACUUUGAUGGCUGAGAAUAAAGCCGUCAUGGUUAACAACAAUCUUUCCGUUGUUGGGGCAACUGCUUCAGGUGAAAUUGUUUUGGCGAAGGAUAAUGCAUAUAAACCUUUUUAUGUUUUCUACUUUAACCCCGAAAGGAACACUCUCCGAAGUGUUGAGAUUCAAGGUGUUAGAGAAGAGGAAGAAUGGUUUGGCGAUCAUAGAGUUUAUUACUUUGUAGACCAUGUAGAGAAUCUUAGAUUUGAUGUUAUGAAGACUACAUCUGCUGCAACAUCUUUAGGCCCACCAGAAUAGAGCACAUCAACAUCAUCUAGAGAAGAUCAUCAAGUGAGGACCGUUGCUCACCUGGAACAAGAUCGUCGUAGAUUUGAGAGUAUUAACAAAUUUGAUGCAUUGUGUCUUUUAGAAGAUGAUUGAAACUUAAAUGUGUUAGAACCUGAUUGCUUAACUUACUCCUCAAGUCAGCUGAUGCAAGUUGUAUUUGUAUUCUCUCUCUAUAGUUGUAUUCGUUAUAUCAAAAAAAUGUUCUUGCU